AUGUCAGGUUCAAGAGCAGCACUGAAGUCAGUAAAAGCCUUCGGCUCCACCAUACAGAGACGUGACAUCUCCUCUGUCAAGUUCAGGCCUCCUCACACAUACAAGAAGGACAAGGAUAUGAGGAAGGCUAUGGUCGGAAAUGUCUUUGCUUAUGCGAAGGAAGUUGGACUUGACGACCUUGGCGCCGAAUGGGCAGAAGUAAGCGGAUCACAUCACGCACCACAGGACCCAAACGAUCCGGAUCAGUUCGAGCGCCUUACUGUGAAGUUCUUUGAUAAAGAUAGCAAGGCUAUGACAUUUGUAGACCCAUAUGGUGUCGAGCAUCGGCGUCUCCAUAUUGCAACUGACAACCAAUACUGGCAUCAAGCCGGACAUUGGUCAAAGGCAUGA